AUGCCUUCAUACAUUGAUAUUGACACGGGUGAAGAAUCGGGAUGGAGAUCAAAAUUGAGAGCCAUCACACCUAGGAGGCUCACAUUGACUCGGAUCGUUUAUGCGUUUUUUCUAGUGGUUGGCUUUCUCGUUGCUCUGUUUUUGCGAGAAGGAUUAUUUGGAUUUUUUGAUAACGUUCCAUUUGGACAAGAUGUGAAAAAUUGGUUUUUAUCGAGUGUAUUGUCACGAGUGGAAGGCAAAUAUGCAGUUUAUAGAAUUUGUUUUGGAUGCUUUUGCUACUAUUUAAUGUUUGCCUUUUUGGCAUCAAGAUUGUUCUGUGUAGGAGAUAGAAUUAGACUUUAUAUUCAAAACAAGUGGUUUAUAGUGAAAUUUCCACUGUUUGCCUUAUUCAUGAUCAUUCCUUUCUUUAUUCCUGAUGCAUUUUUCUAUGGAUUUGCUUGGUUUUCACUAGUAAUGGCUUGCAUAUUUAUUGUUGUUCAAUUAAUUAUUUUAAUUGAUUUUUCGUUUAGUUCAGCAGAGUGGUUCCGAUCUAAGGGAGAUGACUCUUCCUAUGGAUUUUGGGAUUACUUAAUGAUUGUCAUUGCAAUUGUGUUUUACAUUCUUGCUGUUGCGUUCAUUGUGGUUGAAUUUGUCUUUUUUGGAGCCGGUGCAGAUUGUCAUUUGAAUCGAUUCUUUAUUUCUUUUACGGUGGUCGCAGCAGUCAUCUCUACCAUUGUGGCCAUGGUGUUGAAGAGAGGAAUUUAUCCUACAGGACUCAUAUUUUUGUAUACUGCAUUUCUGUGUUGGUCGGCUCUCACUUCAGAUCCCUCUAAGGCUUGCAAUUCUUUGGGAGAUUUCUCUGAACAAGGCGGAACCAAUAGCAGCACAGCAAGUUCAAUUAUUACCAUUAUUAUCAGCGUAUUGAUUUCAGUUUUUGCCAUUGUUCGAAGUGCCAUAUCCACAGGAUUAAGCUUUUCAAGCUUCUUUACAAUGAGUAAGCAUUCAGACGACGAUCACAAAUCUACCAAUGAUGAUGAUGAUGAUCAAGAUGAGAAUGAUCAAGAUGACGAUGCAAAGCGAGCCGAAUGCUCAGAACUAUUCUAUGCUCAUGUUGUUUUUAUGUUCUCUAGUUGUUACAUGUCGUGUGUGUUGGCUAAUUGGGAUAUUUUGAGUAUGCAAGACGAACAGUGGUAUGUGGAUCAUUCUUUGGCAGCCAUGUGGGUGAAAAUUGCCACUCAGUGGGUCUGUAUGGCCAUAUUUGGAUGGGCUCUCAUUGCACCAAAAGUACUGAAACGAUAUCGUGAUUUUGAUUAUUAG